CUUUUCUUUAUUUGGCAGGAGCAUUGUGAGAGAUGGGCAGAGUUUCCCACAAGAGUCAAAUCUUCACACACUCUUCCUGCUGAGCACAUCAUCCCAUUAAUCCAGUCAUCUGUUCAUCUUCACAGAAAUGGAGGUCAAUCUUCUGUGCCUCUUCCUGUUGGCCUCAGCGUUAACUGUCUGUGUGCAAAGUGCUCCCCAUGAGAAGCAGAAGUCUCUCUACAGAAGGGCACAACAUUCAAAGGAGAAGGAUGAUGAGUUUCCAAAGAUUAAUGAUUCCAUUUUGCCAACAUUCUUCCCUUUUGAGGCUAGUAGCCCAGAACCGGGAGAUGAAGAUGUAAGCACAGAGAAGUCAAAUGGUGGUGAUGGAACCGAUGAAAUAUAUUCACUAGAUUUGGAGGAAUCAGAUGGAUGGGGCAUUCCUGUGCUGCUGAGUGAAGAGAUGCUUGCUCAGCUUAUAAAGGCUUCUGAGGAAGAACAGCAUGGUGUGGAGACAGAUGAGGAAGAUAGUGAUGAAGAUGACAUAGGAAAAGUAGUGGAUACAAAUGUGGAGAGCGUGGAGAUAACACCAAAGAGUAAACAUGGAGAGGAAAAGAAAAAGCAGCAAAAAGAGAAAGAUUUGGAAGAAGAGGAGGUGGGGAGUAGCACAGAUUCAGAGAUACCAGUAGAUUUAGACUACGCUGCUGAUAGCGUAUCUACAGAAAUGCGAAGUUCCAAGAACAAACCCUUAACUAUUACGUUUGGAGAGGAAGAGAAGUUGGGCAAUGAACUUCCCACAGUCAUGGAAGAUUAUGAUACGCAGCCAAAUGAAGAUUAUGAAGAUCCCAAAGAUGAACGGGAUGAAAAACUUGACCAAGCUAUGCCCACUGAAAAUCUCCAAGAUAAGCAGAUCCUACCAGAUGUUGAGACUGAAACAAGCAACACAGAUGAAGACCAUGAGAGUAGAGACUUUGAAGAAAAGACACCCUCUGAGGAUAAAGAGGAAGGGUAUGACACAAAUGAAAGUGUCAGCCAUUUUAAAGAAAAACUCCAAACACAGAGGGAGAGCAAGAGUCUGAGAAAAGGACAGAGUGACCAGGUUUUGAGUGCCGAGGUGACCUCAGAGCGUUCUCAAGACCAAGAGGCAGAGAUCACAUUCAAGAAGCGAGGGAAAUGGGCAUCCUUUUUGGGAAUGAACCCUGUGCAGAUCAGGGCUGCAAUGGAUCUUUUCCCCAGAAUCAAACCCACAGCUCAACCCAAAUCCAGAACUGGAGCCGAUCCAGGACAGGAAGCUUCAGUCGACUCAUGUGAGAACUUUCACUGUAAGCGAGGGAAGACAUGCAAGCUGAACAAUAUGAAGGAGCCCAGCUGUGUGUGCCAGGAACCUGCAGAUUGUCCUCCAAGUCUUAGUGGGUUUGACCAUGUGUGUGGAACAGAUAACCAGACUUAUGACUCAUAUUGCCAGCUUUUUGCCAUCAAGUGCAGCCUUGAGGGCAGCAAGAAAGGUCACAGACUACAUCUGGACUACACCGGCUCCUGCAAAUUUAUUUCACCAUGUCUGAAGACAGAACUGAUAUAUUUUCCACUACGCAUGAGAGACUGGAUGAAAAAUGUGCUGCUGCAGCUCUACGAACAAGAUUUCCUUACCGCCAAGCAGAGAUCCAGAGUUCAGAAGAUGUAUGAGGAUGAAAGGCGUCUCCAUGCAGGCGAUCACCCUGACACUCUCCUGGCUCGGGACUUUGAGAAGAAUUACAGCAUGUACGUAUAUCCAGUGCAUUGGCAGUUUGCACAAUUGGACCAACAUCCAUCAGACAGGUUCCUGUCUCACUCAGAGCUUGCUCCUCUGCGUGCUCCUCUGGUUCCUAUGGAGCACUGCACUUCAGUGUUUUUCCACCAGUGUGAUGCAGACAAGGACAAGCUGAUCUCUUUCAGGGAGUGGUGUCAGUGUUUCGGGAUCAAGGAUGCUCCCCAACCAGGUUAG